CUAAAUAACUUAAACUCCCAAACGACGAGUUAACGGAGCUGAUCUCUCAGAGCGGACAAUACAAAAUUUUGCUAACGACCACACAAAGUUGUUUACCGAUUGUGUUAAGUUCACCUUUUAACUAAAAUCACAAACAAUUAAAGAAUAGCAACAACGGGAAUAAUGUUGUCCUGUGCGCAAAUAAACCAGCUAAUUUACUCCACGGCCGCUGGAGGGGUAACUACCGUUGCACCGGCUACUUCAAGUGCCGCUCACUCGUUGGGCGCACCAUCUAGUGGAGCACCAAGUGAAACGCAAAGCGAAAUCUCGUCUGCGGAUAGCGAUUGGAGCGAUAUACGAGCGAUCGCAUUGAAGUUGGGUGUAGCCAAUCCGGAUGACUUGCAUACGGAGCGUUUCAAGGUGGAUCGUCAAAAGUUGGAGCAGAUGCUAAAGGAGGACAGCGCGAUUGAGGGGAUGAAUGGCGCUGAGUAUUUUUUUGAGAGUGUAAGUCUUAUUUUUGAAAUAUUCAAAUUAACCCUUUUUACAAAGUAAACAAACUUCUGAUAAAUUUAGGUUA